GCUGGAGACGUUUAAAUUAUUUACGGGAUAUAUAUCGCGAUGUUUAUUUUACAAUUAAUUGAUUUACAGUUAAAUAUAUUUAUUCGACUGGUAUAAAUAUAUCGAUGCUAAUUUUAUCACUUUUUUUCAAAAAUUCAAGAUGAAUCAAAGCAUUGAAUUUUAAUCAUAUAUUUAAUUUAAUCUAAUAGCGGCAAGGAAAGCGACUAGGCUAUAUCAAAUAUAAUUAGAUCGAUCAAAACCGGUUUGCAAUUAAUAGUCUUCAUAGAGCAAAUUAUUUGCUAAUGUUUAUGACGAAAGUUCUACAUUGACGAAGAUAUCUGCGACACGAAUGGUUAAUCAGUCGUCGGUGCGAUUACAGCAUCGUACACGUCAAUAUAAUAUAAUUACUCUUACUUAAGGCGCGAUUAAUCGACUGUUCCUUUCUAUGGUACUAUCUCUGGAGAAUUUGUAGCUGCGUCGUAUGUACGUGCGUCGCGUACUUAAAAAGCAAUUGUCAAUUGUCGGCGCUUGCCUUGUAAGUAACAUCUUUGACUCUUUGCCGUUAUUUUCAUCGGAAAUGUUCCGCAAUCGCGCCAAUUGCUCGACUAAUGGAUACAAGGUUGCUUUAUGUAUGGAGCUAAUACAAUACCGUUCCGGCGAAUAAAAUGGAUUACUAUACAUCGGGAUUUAUAAUCGAUGGAAUUCCGAACAGAGUAAGAAAGAGAGGAUCAAUAUAUAAUUCAAUAAUUGGCUGUGUAUGCGGAUUGCGUCAUUCUCGGAAAACAAACACGCGGCAAGUACUCUUCGUCUGUUCCGAUUUCUCGCUUCGAGAAAUCGCCGUGGGCAUCUAUAAGCAUCGUCCGAAAGUUGUCGGCGAAAGGAUUCACCCCUCUGUGGGAGUUAAGCGGUGAUCAGCGAUCUAUCUCAGAUCCCUGACAGAUCUGUUUGCCAAGAAUCACUUCCUCUUAUAUUCGUGAGACGUUCAAGGCAAGCCGUCGCCGCCAGGUUUCUUGAGUCUAUACUCGCGUUAUAGGACCCGAUACUGCGCCCAUAUCUGGGGCUACACCUUUCGGCGGGUGCAUUUACAUGCGCUUCCGAAAGGUCAACGAUGGCGACAAGGAGGAGCUGUAAUAGUGUCUCCUCGUAUAGAAGUCCGCUCUUUGAUAGCGACGUUGCGACGCGCCUUGGUUAUAUUAUGCAACUGGCUUUACCCGGCGAUCUGAACUAUAUUUUCUUUUGCUCAUCUUGCGCGAGAAGGCUCCGGCUACCGACAACAGUUGAAGCACCCAUUCACUCGGCUCGCCAACGAGAGAGGAUCAUCGUCGGUGAAAUUGAAAGGAUCGCUUUCUCUCUCUCUCUCUCUUCCUCGAUCGAUAGACGACAUAACGAUCUCGAGAUCGCCGAUCGAAAUUUCACGUGACACAUUUUCAAAUUCCGAUGCGGCAAACGACACGUGCGAUUACGCCAGUCGCGUUGCAGAAGUAACUGCAGUUUUUUUUUGCAGGUCAGAACGCGUAAUGCAUUCAGGUGUUCCGCAUAAGCAUAUCUCGCGCAAACAAUCGUAGAAAUAAAUAUAUUCGGAUAAUCUAUGUGAGAUAUCUGGAUAGAUCUGAAAUAUCGAUCUCUUCAGUAAGAAGCAUCCAUCAUGUAGUGUAGAAAGUACAUGUCGAGAUGAUCGUGGGAAGAUACUAGUCAGCAAUAAAAUAAUGCCAUUCUAUUUUGUAAUGAUUUAAACGAGAAGAUAUGAAAAUUAAGUAACAGAUGCAGGCAGUAUUCAUUAGCGGAAUGCGGUUAUAACGAUAGUUAAGGGAAAUUAACGAGGUAUCCCAAUUAUGCGCCUCGCGAAAACGUCGAGGCGUUGAAUUGAGCGAGGUGACGUAACGGUAUCUUAUGUGUUUUCCUUUUAUUCCCAACACGAUCGAAGCGAGCAUAGAUUAGUACGUAAUUAAGUUUAGCAUGUGUCUAAGAAAUCGAUUCUCACGUCGAAUUUAUCUAAACAUUCAUUCAUAUUCAUUCUAAAUUAUUAGCGAAUAUAGAUUUUCGCAAUAAUGUUAGAAACUUAAAUUGAAAACCUGUAAAUUCUUUAAAGUAUUCAUAUGUAUAAUCAGUAUUAUGGAUAUAAAUAUGUAUUUACUAUAUAUGUGUUAAUAUUACAGUUUAGUAAAAAAAUCAAAUCAAGAAUGAAUGGAUAGUAACCGAUGAUAUUUCCGUAUUUAAGAAGGCGGAGUCAUAUGUAAUCGGAAUCGCUUUUUAACUGAACGAUUGGAAUAGAUGAACUUUAAUGCGCUACCUGCACUUCUGGCAUCACACCGAUCUCUGGAACGAACCGCAAUAAAACAUUAUCUGCGUUUAAGGAGACAUCUACGAUUAGAGAUCUUGUGCAGCUUCGUUCUUACACGAUCGAUACAGAUCUAACACUGAAGUCGUGAGCGAUUAAUCGUGAAGAACAGUGAAGGAAUCGCUUCCUUCCAAUUAUUUUUCGACGCCGAUGGGUACGAAGGAUAUAUAGAGCUCGAUACACUUCGGGAUUCAUAUCGGACUAGUUUUGAGAAUUUUUGCAUCGCUGGACCUCACCUCUGGCAUAACACGAGCAGCAAGAUAGAUGGAUGCAAGAAUAGCGCGUUAAAAGGGUCGGGUCUCUUCUCAAAGAAUACGGUGACUUCGAUGCCUCUCGGAGCGUGCUCUACGGAGUGGGAUGCGAUGUCUCGACACGGUCGCCGUAUCCUAUUAUCGGACUCGUGGCUCACGAGCGCUCAUAAUUUUUUAUCUCGGUCGCAUUCCCGCAUCCGACCUGCAAAACACGUUUAUUUUAACCUCAGGAAUUGGCGCGCUAUAUACAGAGGCUUCACGAUUGCUGUCUUGUGACUUUCCUCCUCCGCCUAUUCCUUAUUUGUGCUUCGAAUUCGUUGAGAUGUAAUGUCAAAACAACAUUAUCGGCUACUAUUUCUAAAUAUGGAUCCAAAGUUCGGCCGUUGUAUUUCAAAUCAAGACGCACAUCUUUCUCUCUAUCGUAUGGUGAACGUAAUGCCUAUCGGGACGCGAUUAUCGCUUCAUUUACGGUGAAACUUAAGUACGGUGACCGUAAGCUGGAUUGUUACUCGGCGACUUAUGUGUCAAUCGGCAAUCCGAUGAUUUCAGCGCAUUCGCUACGACUUACGUAUUUGCGUGCGGCAUUUUUUAUGGAAACAUUUACGGUACACGUUGAAGCUGCAACUAUAUGGACGCGUAACAUUCGCGAUCGCGAAUGUGAAACUGUGGGGCGAUUUCGCGGAUUAGCUUUUUGUAACUUAUCUUACGUAAUCGUCAAAUCCUCGGGUAACCGGAUCUGAACUCUUCGCCACGGUCGUGUAAUUACCCGAAUAUCCAGAUGGUCUAAGUAAAAACGCGCGCUUAAACUCUUGACAAGAUAAUAGCUUCCAUUAAUAACUCUGUCGCUGGAAGGAGCGAAAAUAAUAAAUUUUACAUCAUACAUUGGCCGUGUUUCGCGCGAUAGAUCAGCCCGGGUUGCCCAGGGGUAUCCAGAGUUCCCGACCUAGCGCACACGUGCACGCACGUAUCGGGCCGGCCGAUGAUGCCGCUCCGGAGAUGCUCAACGCAUAACGAUUAUGCAACGAGCCCGCUCGAUUGCGCGAAGUCUGCGUUCUAAGUUGCUCUCCAUAGAGACAUGUUUGAUCGCUGACGAUGGCGAUGACGACUCCGCGGCAUUCGGGUAUAAUUCUCGCGUCGAAAGAGCCGAUAUAAUUACAAGGGAGAAUGCACGGCCGGUACAUGCCAGCUGCGUCAUCGACUCGGCUCAUUUUUCUACGCUUUCCCAUCGUUUCGCAAAUGGAUCAAAAUAAAUCGCACAACGAAAAGAUAUAGGAAGCUUGAUAUGUAUAAUUACACCACAGCUUUUAUCAUGAAAAAGCUAUAAAAUAAUUAUUUUCACAAUAUCCAAUUAUUUUUUUUGUGUAAAAUGGGAGUGAAAAACGCAUCCUGAGCGACCGAUACCAUUUCACUUUUACACGUCAUUAUCUAAAUCCUAUUGCUUAACUUUCAUGCCUCGACUUUCAUGCCGACCUUCAGAUCCGUUCGGAGAUGUUUGCCGAUCUAUAUCACUUGACAUUGCGCAACCCCCUUCAUCACUUGACAGUUUCAUCUCGUGACGGAGGCUUCUUUCGCACCAUUCCCGCCCCUCGAUAGUCCGCUCACCAUGUGCUUCUUUCUUUAUCAAGCAAAAUUCCGAGAUCUAUUUUUCUCUCUUCUUUUCCCCGGCGGCAUCUUUCGCGGGGCGAGGAUCGCAAGCGAAUCUUCGAGGAACGCGUCACUGGGUGAUCUCUAAUCAUCCGAUGCCAUCCGCGCGCGCGGUUUCUCAUCAACGGGUGGGAGGAAGACGAUCCUCGUGCGGGAUUGGUAUAUAAGCAUGCUGGAUCCGACCUGGAUCCGUGCAGAUCAAUUAUCAUCGUCGGUUUGACCAUACUUACACAGUUUUGAGUAUCGCUGCAGUGUAUAACACCGCCGGGAUUCGGUCGACAAGCGAAAUGAGAUCGCAAGUUUCCAUCACGUUGCUAGCAAUCGUCGGUAUAUGUCACGCCGCACGGUUAGAUAAUAUUUAUCUCCCGCCUGGUAGCGCCGGAAGUGCGGGUGGACCAGGAUUGAUUCAUCCUCCAGGACGUGGUGGAGGCGGCCCCGUUAAAAAUAGUGUCCCAGUUGGUGGUGUAGGUGGUCCAGGUGGUCCAGGUGGUUUAGGUGGUCUAGGUGAUCAUGGUGGACCAAGCGGAUUCGGUCUCGGAGGCGGUAGCGGUGCUUACCAAGAUGGUGGCGGAUUGAGCAGGGGUAAGCCUGGUGGUCAAGAGAUACCCAUUAUUUCGUAUAGUAACGAGAACGCCGGUGACGGAAAUUAUGAGUUUAGUUAUGAAACCGGGAAUGGUAUCACCGUACAGGAAACUGGCCAUCAACAAGGAGAAUCCGAGUCGGUGAGCGGAUCCUUUUCUUAUACCGGACCCGACGGUGUGCAAUACUCCAUCACGUACACGGCGGACGAAAAUGGCUUCCAUCCUCAAGGGGCCCAUUUGCCAACACCGCCCCCGAUUCCGCCGGAAAUUCAACGAGGCGUUGAACUGGCGCUCGCCGCUGAAGCCAGGGGAGAAAAUCAGGAUGGUAGCAGUGGAGGAUAUUCGCAGGGGGGAGACGGCGGAUAUCCUAGUAGCGGAGGAAGCGGUCAUGGUGGCGUAUACCAGGGACCGAAUUCGUAUCAAACAAGUUCGGGUGGUGGUUACCAAUAUUAAACAGCGAAUUCGUGAAUGAUCGAUGCAUAUAUACCAUAUGCAGACACGAAUUUCAUAUUAUUCCGUUUCGGAACAUAUGUACAUAACAAUAUAUCAUACAUAGACCUUUUUAUUUAUACAAAGUACGUGUAUUUUAUUCAUGAAAAGCCCGCCUUUUAAAUCUUUUUUGUUUAAACUGCUUUUGCAUAUCAAGUGCAAUGAUGUUCAACUUCUCUUAUAGAUGUUGUUAUAUCGACUUUAAGACAUUAAUAUAUAAUAUUCUUCAAGUGUAUAUGUGUGUAGUGUGAUUGUAUAAUUAAAAUUUAGCAACAAACGAUAGGUAUCGCACAUUUUUCUUUUAUACACAUUUUUAUAUACACAGAUUAUGAUUAUAGACAUCAAUUUUGAGACGUUUUUAUAUAAUAUUAUUUCUUGAAUAAAUAAAAGGUGUAUUAACGCUGUGAAAUAUAUAUAAACUAUUUUUA